AUCAGUUGGGAGUUCAAAUGGGAGAACAAGGAUGAAGCAGAAUGUUACGGCCCAUACAGCAGUGAACAAAUGCUGAAAUGGCAGGACGAGGGUUACUUCAAGGAUGGAGUUUUUGUUAGAAAGACCACAGUAGACAGUAAAGAAUUUCAGAGUUCUAAAAGAAUUGAUUUUAGUCUGUAC